UUGUGUUCAGUUCCUUCCCUGCGUGGAAUUAGGGGCAGCAUCAUAAAGCUAAGACGUUGUUUUAAGUCCGGAUGUCAGUUGUGAUGGUGCGGCAUGAUUGCCUUACAAUGGGAACAUGCCACAUUCGGAGGUGUACUUUUUCAUUCUGAGUCCUGUCAAUUCCAUCACAUGCAGGGUUUCCGUACCCUCAGUUUACCACUAUACCAAGGCCAUCUCACUAUACUACAAUGCCACGGGCCUUCAAAGCUUUCGACGUUCUGGCUUUCGUGCAGUUCGCUCGUCCGAAGGUGUAGUCGAUCUCGACGGCGUUGCUAGGCAACAGAGUUGCUGCGAUCGUCGGUUGGGCACGCGUGAACAGCUGGCUGCGGUCGCAUUUUGUGCAAACGUAAACGAACGAUAUAACGAAACACUAGCCAUUAAAUGGUAUUUAUUUAACAAUUUUGUAUGCAUGGUAAGACCACCAAAUUAUUGCCGAUGAGUUUCUGUCAUAAUCUACGAUGGCAAUCCGUGAUUGCUUUGGAAUAGGCUGAAUGAUGUGAUGAGGUGGAGACUGAAGCCUGAAGCGUUUGAAGAGUUAGCUUAGCAUCAUCAUCGCCUGUGAGGUAUCGUCAAUUAUGGAUCGUAAGAAACGCUCGGAGCUGGAGGAGAAUGAGCUGGAGGGGAUCACUGAGACAGAACUGGCGCGGCUGCAGCGCCAGUACCGUAUCAUGGACAACGACAGGAAGGCCUACUACAAGGAGACGCAGACGGUUCUCCGCAAACAGAGGCGAAUUAUCGAUAAUUUGAUGGCUGAGAAGGCGGAAAUUGAUACCGACAUGAAUCUCAUUAAUUCAAAUUACAACACACGAAAGAAUAAGGCAGCUUCAAACAAGCUCAGCUCCUAUGUUGGGAAGCAAAAGCAAUUGCUGGAUGAAAUAGAGACCGAAAGGCAGCAGUUGGCCGAUAUAGAGAGUCGCAUUCGGAGAGUGGAAAGAGAGAUACCGAAGCAGGCCAAACGAGGGGGUGCCAACGACGUGGUUCGAAAUAAACAGUUUCAGCUGCAGAAGAAGGCACGGCGGCUCGAUAACAGGCUCUACACGACAAAUGUGAAAUUUAACUCGAUGCUGGUUGAGAACAACAACCUGCGUUCUGAGAUUGAUCAUUUGCUGAUCGAAAGAGCCACGUUCAACAAACAGUACCACAAGCUGAUCGAUCGGCUGGCCGCCACCAAGCAGAAAACGUCGGAAAUCAUCGACCAGGCCACCCAGGCCUAUGACCAGCGCGAUGAAGCAAAUUCGAAGGCAGCGGCGUUACGGGAUCGGAACACGAAGGAGUCGGUGGCGCACAUGACGGAGCUGAAGGACCUGCUGCGCACGCUGGAUCACGACCACAAACUGAAGGAGUUCAUGUCCACAAAGGCGCAUGAGAGGCAGAUCGAGGAAGACGAGGAGAAACUGAAGAAAAAAGAUCAUGAAAAAUCAGCAGAGAAGACGGCCGAGGAAACCGUUCAGGCAUACCGCGAGGCAUUCCGUAAAAUCCGAGACAUCGCGGGAGAAACGGACGUCAAUAACCUGAUAGCGCAGUACGUCAAGAUGGAGGAUAAGAACUUUGCACUCUUUAACUACGUUAACGAGCUCAACACAGAGGUAGAAACGCUGCAGGAACAGAUCGCCAUGACCGAGGCCGAGAUUGAGAAAACGAAACAGAAAGACGUAGAAGAAACGGAAAAUAAGAAAGAGCAGAUUCAGAAAUUGGAGCGCGAGGCCCAGGAGAGUGCCGAGCUGGCGGACCAGGCCGAACAGUCGCUGGAGCGGUACCAGGCGCUGCUGCGCCAGCUCUGCCAGGGCGUGGAUCAGCUCGUCACGGAGACCAAGUGCGACCGGUCGCCCAUUCUCGAGCUGCUCGGCGACAACCAGCAGGUGACUGAGAACAACAUCAUGACGUACCUGACCAUGGUGGAGCAGCGCGUCAACGACCUGCUGCGGGUGCGCAAGUUCAUCGACUUCCGGCGUGACUCGGCCGAGGGCCUGGAGGACUCUGAGAACUCUCCGUCGGGCUCGAUCGCCUCGGUUCGCCAGCAGAGCAGCCGUAUGUUGCUGCCGCAGCAGUUGGCCGCAGUGGACAUCAAGGUGGCCGCGCCGUCACCGGGUGACGAGAGUGAGGCCGAGAGUGACGCCGUACCGCUAACCGAGGAUCAGAUCAAGGAGAAGAUGGCAGUGCAGGCCGAGUCGGCACAGGCGUCCGCACAGGACAAGAAGAAGAAACACCAGCGCCACAACAGCGCUCACGGGACGUCCAAACCCAAACCCAUCGUCUAAGUCGGGGAAUAUCGGAAGUCGAUGAGUUAUGAAGGAUCUUUUUUUUUAGUUGCCCUAAGUGUGCCCGGUAAACAGAAGGUUUUAAACACCAUGCCGUGAAAGUGAAAUUAUGGCGUGAUUUUUUUUUUGAAUCUAGAAAACGCACUUCAUUGCGAUAGUCGUCUUACUCUGAUUAAGUUUACCUGAAAUUUAGGCAUAGGAGAUGACAACCAAUAGGAAUGCCACUUAUCACAGUUUCAGGUUCGUCGUGUGCUGUUUUGCUUAGUUUUUGCCGUUCAGUGCUUUUCAAGAUCACCGAAGCUAUACAGGCUCAGCUAGUAGGCGGACGUAAGAAACGUACACCCUUAAUUAGGGCUUACUUUCACUUAUGCUUUCAUCUAAAAUCUAUUUACGAACGAUGAUGCCUUUUGCUAAUGCUUCGAUCUAUGCAUUUUACAUUAUCGCUUUGACUAAGAUUAUUUGUGGUCUAUUGUGUAUACUGGUGGUUCUGGUGAUCAUUGAUCAUGCCGAAGUAAGUGAGCUUCAUGUUCAAUUAGCUCAUCGUCAGUGGUUUUGUCUAAUAUACCUACAUGAGCACAAA